UGACGUAUCCUUACCGCACGUGAAUACGUGCAUCAUGAGAAUCAUCUGUGUUGAGUUGUGAAAUCGUGCAAGUUAGACUGAAAACUAAAUAAAAAUGACGAUCACAGAAUAUAUUGGAGCCCUAUCCGAUAAUCCGUACUUUGGGGCUGGAUUUGGUUUGUUCGGCGUAGGCGCUGGUGCUGCCUUGUUACGUAAAGGUUUGCAGGGUGGACUGAUUUUGUUCCGACGGCAUUACAUGAUUACGCUUGAGGUGCCUUGUCGAGAUAAAUCCUAUCAGUGGUUGCUGCAGUGGAUUACUCAGAAAGGGGCCAAACAUACCCAACACCUCAGCGUGGAAACUUCAUUCCAACAACGAGACACUGGUCACAUUAAAACGAAGUAUGAUUUCAUACCCUCUAUCGGAACGCACAUUAUGCGCUACGGUGGAACAUGGAUUAAAGUUGAUCGAGCUCGAGAGCAGCAUACACUUGAUUUGCAUAUGGGAGUUCCCUGGGAGACCGUACAGUUAACUGCUUUCGGAAGGGAUAAAAACCUGUAUUUCAGAAUUUUGGAAGAAGCAAGACAUCUGGCCCUAAAACACACCGAAGGCAAAACUGUUAUGUACACAGCUAUGGGCUCCGAAUGGCGUCAAUUUGGUCAUCCACGCAAACGAAGACCACUUAAAUCGGUUGUUCUAGAUAAUGGAGUGUCGGAUCGUCUCCUGCACGACUGCCGCGAGUUCAUACGGAAUCCGAAGUGGUAUGACGAUCGAGGGAUUCCAUACCGCCGUGGUUAUCUUCUAUACGGGCCACCCGGUUGUGGGAAAUCGAGUUUUAUAACGGCAUUAGCAGGCGAAAUAGAAUUUGGCAUUUGUUUAUUGAAUUUAUCAGAACGAGGACUUACGGAUGAUCGGUUGAACCAUCUCAUGAAUGUGGCUCCUCAGCAAUCAAUCAUUCUACUGGAAGACAUUGACGCCGCUUUUCUUUCUCGAGAGGACACCAAGACGCAAAAGGCUGCUUUCGAAGGGCUGAAUCGAGUUACGUUUAGCGGUUUACUGAACUGCCUUGACGGUGUUGCAUCCACAGAGGCUAGAAUUGUGUUUAUGACGACGAACUAUCUAGAUCGAUUGGAUCCCGCGCUGAUUCGACCGGGGCGAGUAGAUGUUAAGGAAUACGUAGGAUUCUGUAGUAGGCAUCAACUGGAGGAAAUGUUCAUGCGUUUCUACGCCGACGAGGAAGGAGUUAGUAAUUCGAAAAUAUUCGCCGAUAGCGUACUGAAAGCCGGCAGAGACGUGAGUCCGGCUCAAAUACAAGGUUAUUUCAUGAUUCACAAGAUGUCCGAUCAGCAAACGGUGCUGAGUAAUGUUGCAAGUAUUUGGGAAAAUUAGCGAUUUCUUUGGCCAGAUGUUUUGUGAGACUGAGAAUGUAGUUCAAUAAACUUUGAAAAGACUUGCCAUUCUUUGGCAAGACUUGGAUGAAGACAACAA